CGGAAGGAUGACUGUAUGUCGUGUGUAGGAUCGCACAUGAGUAUACCAUUUUCUUUUAAAGCAGUGCAUACACGUCUAGAAGUUGGGAAAUAAGAGACGUCAACUGGUCUUUUUAGGAGACACAAAGAUAAUUUUGUCUGAGAUGCAUCACGACUUCAAAGUGACAAAGUUGGAAUGGACACAACGGCUGUUUCUCUACUUUAUGGUCUCAGGGACUAACUCUCUGGUCACAGUUUACCAGCCUCCUGUGCUCACCGCUGCUCUGGGUCAUGAUGUUAUAAUGCCGUGCCAACUCAGUCUUACUGAUGAUGAGAGAAUACAGACUCCACCAGUUCUCUAUUGGAUGUACUUAACAGAGGGCAGCAGUGACGAGUCCAUAGUGUGGAGCUACUCUGAGAAUUAUACGGGACGUACUGAGUGUCUGGACAAUAAUCAAAACUCUUCAAACAAGUCCAUACUCUUCAAGAAUGUCCAGUGGGCCGACAGCGGGAGGUACCUGUGCAAACUCUCCAUCAAAAACAACAAUAAAAGUUUCAGGAGAAAAGGAAACAAAACCUUACUGAUGAUUUAUGACACAAUGAUCUUCAACCCCACUGGUCACAAUGACUCUCUGCUCCGGUGUGGAGUCAACGUGACACGGAGUACCAGAUUUGCUUUGUCCAUUGUUCACGAUGGGAUCAAACUCCAACCUGUUGGCUCUGCUCCAGGUGAGGCUGAUGCAGCUCUGCCCUUCAUCAGCCUCACUGAAACCGUUCCUCUGAGGGGAAAAGGAGAAUAUGAGUGUCAGUUACACCUGAACAAAGAUCUGGUAACGAAAAGCAUCUUCCACUACCAAACGCCUGAGCCAAAUGUGAUGCUGUUCCCAGAGCCGUGGUUCCUGUAUGGGGCUCUCCUCCUAGUUCCCUUUACAAUCCUGCUGGCACUCAUAACUGCCCUUCUGAUCUACAGUUGCUAAGUUUGUCAACAUUUAGUAAUGGGAAUUAAGUUGAAAGCGGAGGAAUCUUCUGCUCUGUUAAAUAUAUUCCACAUUGCAUUGUAUUUCACCGGCAGCACCCUUCCAAGUCCCUUCAUAUGGUUCAACGAGGCACAGUUUAAAAAUGUGGCUUUCUUUCUCCCAACAUUUAGAAAACACAAACAGAAUCCCAAAAUCCACAAUGCACCAGUCCCUAUUGGUAUAGUGCAUUCUGGCACUAUCGAGACUUCUGUUCAUUCAAAAGUCUCUGUGCAAGGACCCUGGUCUAUUCUCCUGUUUUGGAAUUGCAUUAAAAACUUUUAUAAAGUGUUAAAAUGUAGAACAUCUUGUAUGGGUUGCACAUUUAAACACAGGAUCCAACCAAUUACAACAACUUAUUGAUGGCAGUGAAAGAUGGUGGAGGAUUUUUUUUCUACACAUCAUUCAUGCAUCCAAUCUUGGCCUUUCCACAUUUAUCUGACUCUAUGAAACCUGAUGUACUUAUAUGAUUCUGUUUUCUUCAAGUUUGUAUCUUCUUGGUCGAAUGCACUUAUUGUAAGUCGCUUUGGAUAAAAGCAUCAGCUAAAUGCAAUGUAAUGUAAUCUGAAAAGUGGAGUUUAAUAGCUUCCAAUCAGGAGUGGCAAUGUAUCCAGUGAAUGAGGCUGGGUGGUUUAAAGUAAAACUUGGCAUAGCGGCAUGGGAUUUUAAAUGUCCACCCCACAUAAGAUGAUCUGUGAGUUGACGCUGCCAUCAUCAUUACAGUUUUUCAGUCGUCAUUGUGAAGUUGGGAAAUAUCUUUUGACCACAUGAGAAUAUUGGAAGCCAAGCAACCCGUUUUAGCCUAUGAACUAAAUAGUGGCAAAUUACUUAAAUUAAAAGGCAUUAGCCCAAGAUUCAAUAAUCAUUACUACUAUUAAAGUGGAGGGUUCCAGUGACUUUAACAAAUCACAAAACACUGUAUGUCUCUGUAAUAUAAUGUACAUGCAUAUAAACAAGACAAAUAAUUUCUUAUGCCCUUUUUUCAAGAGAUAAAUCAAAUCUGUGGCCGACGAAGAAUAAUAUUGCAUAAAAGAUAACCGAAUAUGUAAAUGC